UUUAAAAUACAUUGAUGAAUGAGAAAAUCAAAUUUAACUUGGGGACAAGUUGAUGAUGAUUGAUGACGCAGCAAUAGAUUUGGUUUAUAAAUUUUGGCAUAGUUUUUAUCAACUGCUACUUAAUUGGGUAAUAGUAAAGAUUCUGGUUUAAGGAGAGGAUCCAAAAGCUUUUAGAGAUUUGGUGUCCGAGGAUGAGAAAAAACCAAAGAAAAGGUACAAAAGUAGGCUGCUAGGGGUUCACCUACAUCUUCCGGAACAAGUAGCAUAUUUAAAAGCAGAAACUGUUUGUUUUGUUGUUUAGUGGUUACACCAAAUCGUGUGUGCUGGUUUGACUAAACGCUCUCUGUCUCCUGCCUAUAAAAGUUUCAACUUUCUCUGUCUCUCCGAGUAUGUGAGCGCAAUGGAGCAAAUACGGUCCUUCUUUGUGUUCUUGGCUGUUUUGUUAGCUUCACUUGUCAAUGCAGAAGUUCACUUUCAUGAGUUUGUUGUUCAAGAGACGCCGGUGAAGAGGCUGUGCAGAGUUCAUAACUCGAUCACGGUGAAUGGACAGUUUCCAGGGCCGACCUUGGAGGUGCGAAACGGUGAUUCCCUUGUCAUCACAGCCAUAAACAAAGCUCGGUACAACAUCACCCUCCACUGGCAUGGGAUACGGCAGAUGCGGAAUCCAUGGGCGGAUGGACCAGAAUACAUAACCCAGUGCCCAAUCCAACCAGGAGGGAGUUACACGUACAGGUUCACCAUUGAAGACCAAGAAGGUACGUUGUGGUGGCAUGCCCACAGUAGAUGGCUGCGAGCCACCGUGUAUGGCGCUCUCAUUAUCCGCCCUCCGCUCUCUUCUCCUCAUUACCCUUUUCCAGUUAUUCCCAAGAGAGAGAUUACCCUCCUCUUAGGGGAGUGGUGGGACAGAAACCCCAUGGAUGUCCUCAACUUAGCCCAGUUCACGGGAGCAGCACCAAACAUCUCAGACGCCUUCACCAUCAAUGGUCAGCCUGGUGAUCUCUACAGAUGUUCUAGCCAAGAAACUUUAAGAUUUCUAGUGGGUUCAGGAGAGAUUGUCCUCCUCAGGGUCAUCAAUUCUGCUUUGAACCAAGAACUCUUCUUUGGUGUCGCGAAUCACAAACUGACAGUGGUCGCUGCGGAUGCCUCCUACACCAAACCUUUCUCGACUAAUGUCAUAAUGUUAGGUCCAGGUCAGACAACUGAUGUGCUUCUAACCGCAGACCAACCGCCAGCACAUUACUACAUGGCAGCACAUGCAUACAACAGUGCCAACGCUGCCUUUGACAACACCACAACCACUGCAAUCCUCAAGUACAAAGAUGCCUCCUGUGUUACUCUUCAAGGUAAAUCACAGGCACAGGCAAUACCUGCACAGCUGCCAGGAUUCAACGACACAGCAACAGCAGCAGCAUUCACAGCGCAGAUGAAGAGUCCUUCGAAAGUAAAAGUGCCCCUGGAGAUUGAUGAGAACUUGUUUUUCACAGUGGGAUUGGGACUAUUCAACUGCCCAACCCCCAACACACAAAGGUGUCAAGGCCCUAACGGAACACGCUUCACCGCGAGCAUUAACAACGUCUCUUUCGUCUUCCCCAAACAAAACUCCAUAAUGCAAGCUUAUUACCAAGGCACUCCCGCAGGUGUUUUCACCACAGACUUCCCUCCUACGCCUCCUGUCACAUUUGACUAUACAGGAAACGUGAGCAGAGGGCUAUGGCAACCUACCCGCGGAACAAAGGCCUACAAACUAAAGUUCAAUUCAAAAGUGCAGAUUAUAUUGCAAGACACGAGCAUCGUGACCACUGAGAAUCACCCGAUGCAUCUCCACGGCUACGAGUUCUACGUAGUUGGGACAGGUGUUGGUAACUUCAACCCAAAUACAGACACAGCUUCCUUUAACCUCAUCGACCCACCACGAAGAAACACAAUCGGAACACCACCAGGUGGAUGGGUAGCCAUCAGAUUCGUGGCGAAUAAUCCAGGAGCGUGGCUGAUGCACUGCCACCUCGACUCACAUAUAUUCUGGGGUUUAGCAAUGGUCUUCUUAGUGGAGAACGGAGAAGGGCAUUUGCAAUCUGUACAGUCUCCACCAUUGGACUUACCCCAAUGUUAAAGACUCUUUAUCUACACACAAUAUUCUCUUUCCAUUGUUUCACAAGAUAUAUCAUUCAUUUCUCAGUUACAAAGAUAUCACAAAUAGCUUCUUCUCGGA